CCAAUGGAUUUAGAGGCGGCGUUAAAGGAAUGCUCCGGCGCCCUCGAUCUCUUCCUUAACAACAGGUUCGCAGACGCAUUGGCUCUUCUCGCACCCUGGAAGGGCCAGAGCAUGUACCACGCGAUGGGCUACAGCAGCAUUCUAGUGAUGCAAGCCGGCAUGACUUUUGACCCAAAGGACAUGAAUGCUGCUAUGGAGGCGCUAAGUGACGCCCUACUUAUAUGCCAGAGGUUCAGAAAGAAAACCGGGAUAAUGGAGACGCUCUCCAAUCUGUGGUAUAGACACUCACCUGAAAGCUUGACAGAAGAGGAAAUGCACGCCGAGCUGUGCUACGCCGAAGUUCUGCUCCAAAAAGCGGCGCUCACCUUCCUGGACGAGAGCAUCAUCGGGUUCAUCAAGGGAGGCAUGAGGAUCCGAAAUAGCUAUCAGAUCUUCAAGGAGUGUCAAGUUAUGGUUCACAACAAUUUGGAAAUGCAGAAAAAUAGUACAAAUGUUCACUUUAAGGGUGGUGUCAGCAUGGGAAUUGGAUCUUUUAAUUUGAUGCUUUCUCUGCUACCAAGUAGAAUCCUCAAACUAAUGGAGUUUUUGGGAUUCUCAGGGGACAGGGAGUUGGGUUUGUCCGAAUUGCGAGCCGGCGCAUCCAGCGGCAGUCUACGCUCGAUUCUCAGCACUUUAACUCUGCUUAUGUUUCACCUUUACAUCUCAGUCAUUCUGGGUUCUGGCGACGUGGACCUGACCGAGGCCGAGGCUUUGCUGGAACCUUACGCGAAAAGAUUUCCCAAUGGAGCUCUUAUGCUUUUCUAUGUUGCCAGAAUUGCCUUGCUGAAAGGAAACAUCCGAUUUGCUCAGGAAAAAUUUCUGGCCUGUAUCGCGGCCCAGCAGGAGUGGCGCCAGAUUCACCACUUGUGCUACUGGGAACUGAUGUGGGCCUACUCUUUUGAACAGAACUGGAGGGAAGCCUAUCAUUAUGCCGAUCUGCUCUGUAAGGAGAGCAAGUGGUCGCAGUCCGUCUACGUGUUCCAGAAGGCCUCCAUACUGAGUAUGCUCCCAGAGGAGGAGGUCCAGAAACUGGGUGAAAAUGUGGUGGACUUAUACAGGGAAGUGGACGGUCUGAGACUAAAGAUGGCCGGGAAGUCCAUCCCGACGGAGAAGUUUGCGGCCAAAAAGGCUCAGCGCUACUCUUCCUCUAAGCCUGGGAAACUGGUCGUCCCUGCCCUGGAGAUGAUGUACGUGUGGAACGGCUUCACCAUCGUCGGAAAACGCGCCGACUUGACGGAAAACAUCCUGACUACGUUGGAGAAAGCGGAGGAGGAGCUCAAACAUAAUUCAAACCCGUCCGACUAUCACUUGGAUGACCAGUGCGUUGUUCAACUUCUCAAGGGCUUGUGUCUGAGGCAGUUGGGGCAGCUCGACCAGGCAGAAGUCUGCUUCAACCGUGUCAUAUCCAGCGAAAGUGACCUGAAGCAUGACAACUACCUGGUGCCAUUCACCAUGUACGAGUUGGGCUUGCUGCACAAGCAGAGAGGCGACAUUGAAAAGGCCAUUUUGGUGAUUGAAAGCGCCAAGAUGGACUACAAGGACUACAACAUGGAGUCGCGUCUACAUUUCCGUAUCCACGCCGUGCUCAAUAGCAUGAACUCCAGCGCCGCCAGGAUGCCGCCUUCGCGUACGACGUUGUGA